UCCGGGGUGCAGUAGCGAUACGUUCGUUAAAAUGCUGUUGAAAGAAAUUGCUAGGUUUUCGUUGCAACAUCGAACGCUGUACUGCUAUCUUAUAUUGAGCAUUUGGAUAUUUUUGCUAAUAGCAGGCAUGUACAAAUACAUCGGUUCAAUUGAAAACGGUAACAAUCUUUUGAGUGCGAAAAGCUUCGGAUAUCGCAAGACGGAAUCAUACCUGGUGGGGGAAGGUGAUCCGGCUGGCAGACACAGAAUAAAGGAGAUCAAUCAGACCGACUGUACGCAUCCGUUUGCAAUUGUACCGGGAGAAGAAGGUGGAUCCCUGGAGGGUUGGACAUUGCAGGGUGUAUUGCUGCUGAUACGUCAUGGUGACCGUGGACCAAUGGCACAUGUGCGAGGUAUCAACGAGGUAGAUUGUGGCUACGAAAACGAUCUCACCCUGGCGAGAUAUAUCAACUUUCUGCAGAAUACUACUACGAGCAGUACUAGCGGUGGACACUGGAUGAAAACGGGCCCAUUCCACGGAUUUCCAUUACUUCCUGCAGCGGCAAAGGUAUGUCUGUUGGCGCAGUUAACUCAGAAAGGAAUUGCACAGAUGCUGCACGUAGGUGAUAUCGUUCGACAAGCUUACGCAAAUGCUCUUGGUCUAUACGCACGUGUUCCGAUGAGCACACAGAGAACGACACCCUACAAUGGCUCGGAUGGUGCUGGUGCCUCAAAUCCAACGUCUGGUUUUCAGUACGUAGUAGAUGAUGUCGUCAUCUACUCCACGCGAUAUCGUCGAACGUUUCAAUCGGCUAUGGCAUUGCUGUUUGGUAUGCUUCCACCAGAGAAAUGGCUCGCAAUGCAAAUACAGGAAAGCCAUAGCUUGUCCUAUUGCUUCGCUGAUUGUGCCUGUCCGCAGGCGGAAAAGCUGAAGAAACAGCUUGCUAACGAGAUGAACGGCCAUCUGGCAAAACAUCCGGCCAUUGGCGCGAUAGUUCAGUGGAUAGGUGCAGCUUUGCUUCAGAAUCCACAGGCAGCGGGGCAACAGAUAAACCCAUUUGAAAUACGCGAUGCACUGCUGGCCCAUAUCUGUCACGGUGCCCCAUUGCCUUGCCGGAAGAUUCACAGCAAUGUGCAGGCAGCAGAUGGGCGUCGAUAUGAUGGAUCUAGUGUACCCGUCAGUUCAACGCAGGACCCACUUGGGCUGGAUGUUAUUAACAUCGAUCUGGAUGAACCAACUCUCGGUGGUGGCGGUGGGUCCGGUCCUUCCAUCAACACAGAACAGCCAGACGAUUCGGACACUACUGAGCAGGAACCGGAAAUUGAAGGAUGCGUCGAGAAGAGUCAUGUGCUCGCACUAAUGUCCUACAUUCACUGGGCCGGCAUGAAGGAACUGUACAGCCAAUCGAUGCGUCAACAGGGACUACUGCGUUCGUAUGGGCUGAUGCGGAACAUCGUUGCAUACAUGUUGCGGAUGAUCUCGGGAGACCGGGUGAAAUUUGUGCUUUACUCUGGGCACGAUAAAACGAUUGAAUAUUUGAUUGCCUCGCUGGGUGUACAGCUGGAAAAUCCAUUCAUACCGUACGCCUCGCGAAUGGCCUUCGAGGUGUACAAAAGCGAUAAGGAUACGCAGUAUUACUUUCGCUUGGUUUACAAUGGCCGCGACGUCACGAACACUAUAGAUGUAUGCGAAAGUGGCAAAAGUUUAAAUGUACCGAGAGGCAUACGCGGCGGCCGGGGUCAUCUGUGUCCGAUCGAAAACAUUAUUCGAUUUAUUCACGACGAUUACUUUCUGUCACUCAAUGCCACUAACUACAAGGAUGCUUGCCUGGCGCAGACAAAGCAGGAAGGGUUUUUUUAGAACACUUUAGGCGCGUUAAUAUU